AUGCCUCUCCAACACCUUCCAGAGCACUUUUCUGCUCAGUUCUUUCUUACGACCCUUCUGGUGACCCUGUUGUCUACAUCUUCUGAUGCCUGUGGUAAGCCACCAAGGUUUGAAAACAUGCAGCUCAGUGGCAGUCCUAAAGCCAGUUAUGUGACUGGGGAAAAGGUAAAAUACUCAUGUAGACCAGGAUAUAUGCACCGACCUACUGUCAACAUUGAAAGUGUAUGUGCUGCAAAUGGCCAGUGGUCACUCAUUUCAAAGAACGCUUGUUACAAAAAAUCAUGCCCACGGCUAGAUGAUCCCACCAAUGGCCAAGCAAAGUUCGUGAACGGAAGUUCAGAGUUUGGUACACAGAUUCAAUAUAUUUGCGAUCCUGGUUUUUUCUUAAUUGGUGAAAAAAUUUUAUUUUGUCUUGCUGCAGCAUCAGGUGUAGAAUGGAGUGCUGAACCACCAGUAUGUUCAAAGAUUUUAUGUAAAUCACCUCCAAAUAUAGCAAAUGGAGCAUUCUCCCCAAGUAACAAGGACGUAUUUGAAUAUCAUGAAGUUGUAACUUACCAAUGUCACCAAGUUCCUGGCCAGGAUAAACUUUCCCUUGUUGGUGAGAGACAGAUUUAUUGCUCUGAAAACAGAUUAUGGAGUGCUAACCCUCCUGAGUGCAAAGUGGUCAAAUGUCCAUAUCCAGUCAUUCAAAAUGGGAGACUGACGUCAGGAUUCAGCAAGAAAUAUUCCUAUAGAGCAAGAAUCAUGUUUGAAUGUAACCAGGGGCUUUUCCUUCAUGGGAGCAACACUGUCACAUGCGAGGGUAACAGUACAUGGCAGCCACCAAUUCCAACUUGUCGGAGCAAUCCACCUCCUCCCCAGCCCACAACAGCUUCCACUAUAGAUGUUACAAGUAAUCCAAACUCUAAAGGAGCCCUGAUUGAUUUUCCAGAUUCAAAGGGAUGGAUCAUUUCUCUCAUAAUGAUAGCUGUGUUGGAACUAUAG